AUAUCCAUCCAAAGACCCACCGACGACGACGAGGAAGAAGAAGAAGAAGAAGGUUCAUCCGAAUCCCCUUCCUUCGUCUCUCUCUCUCUCUCUCCUGCCUUUUGCCUGCUUAUUAAAUGCUGAUCGUUGCCGCCCAUCUGUUCUAGGAGUCCAAUGGCCGAACUGGAAGGCGUGACGAUGAUGGCAGCAGGAGGAGUCCAGGACCAACAACUACCGCCCCCAUCUAGGGCUGUCGACCGCCUCAACCCUGCACUUCAGCAGCAGCUCAAUCUCGACUCUGUCAAAACACGCGCCAUCAGCCUCUUCAAAGCCAUCUCCCGUAUCCUUGAAGACUUCGAUGCCAUCGCCCGCACCAAUGCCUCUCCCAAAUGGCAAGAUAUACUGGGCCAGUUCUCGAUGGUAAAUCUGGAGCUUUACAACAUUGUCGAAGAUAUUAAGAAUGUUUCCAAGGCUUUUGUCGUGCAUCCUAAGAAUGUUAAUGCUGAGAAUGCUACCAUUCUUCCUGUUAUGCUAUCAUCCAAACUCUUGCCUGAAAUGGAGGUGGAUGACAACAUCAAGAGAGAACAGCUGCUACAUGGUAUGCAAAGUCUGCCAGUAGCUGCCCAGAUUGAAAAGCUAAAGACUAGAAUUGAUUUGAUUGGUGGAGCCUGUGAAAGUGCUGAAAAGAUCAUAGCUGAAGCUCGUAAAGCCUACUUUGGUACUCGACAGGGACCAACUCUUCUCCCAACCAUUGACAAGGCUCAAGCUACAAAAAUACAAGACCAAGAAGACUUACUUCGAAAAGCUGUCAAUAAUGGUGAAGGUUUAAGAAUACUUGGAGACCAAAAGCAAGUUACAUCCUCACUUCCAAUGCAUUUGGUACAUGUAUUUGCAGCUGCUGAUGGUGCCGCAUUCUCAGAUUCAUCUGGGAUAUAUCAGAAGAAUACGCCUCCACUUUUAUCAACCCCCAGCAGUAACACUCAAUUGUUUCAGGCUUCUGGAGCACAACCUAUUGGAAGAACAGCAGCUUCACCUUCUGGUGCUGCUGGGAGUGCAUCUUUUGACAAUACAACAGCAUCACCUCUCCAAUAUGCUAAUUCUCCUAGAUCUGGUGCCACUAUUAUGAACACACCAUCUCCUCAGCAACAGCAGCAGCAGCAACAACAACAACAACAAUUGCACCAACAUCAGCAGCAGCAAAGGCAGAAAAUGAUGCAGUUACCUCCACAUCAGCAACCGCUUCUAAGUCAACAGCAGUUGAGAACAACCUCCAUGGCUGGCUUGGGACAAAAUCAACUAUCAAAGCUUCAUGACUUGCCAAGCCAGACACAGCAAAAAUUUCAGUCGGUGCAUGGUCAGCAUCAUGUGCAGUUCUCUCAGCCAUUGGCAGCCCAGCAACUACAAGGCAGACAGCUUACAUCAUCUGCAAUGCAUAUGGGUCAAAACUCACUAAGCCAAGGAAACCAGUUGAAUCGUCAACUGAAUCAGUUCUCAAGCCCUGCAAAUAGUGCAUUGUUUAAUGCCGCCCAGACAACACCAUCCUCUCAAAUGAUCCCUAACAUGUCAGCUAUGAUGCCAUCGCAAUCUCUCCUCUCAAAAAUGCAGUAUGCAAUUCCUGGUGGAAAUCGGAAUCUGCCUCCCCAAAAUCUAAGCGACCAGAUGUUUAACAUGGGAGCUGGCAACCCUGGUGGGAUAGUGGGCAUGCAGCAGCAGCAGCAGCAGGGGGGUGCUUUUGGUGGGAACAUUCCACAGAGUGGUCAGAACCUACAACAGAGCAUGGUGCAAAACAACCCCCCACAGAAUCAUCCAAGCUUUCAGCAGCAAAGGCCACCGCCACAAAACCAGCAGCAGCAGUAGGAGUAGUGGCUGAGGAGGAAGGAAAUAUGCACAAGUGAUUUAAGGAGGCGCAUGUGUUAUGUGCUGUUGGGAGGAUUGGGAAGGUUGUCCCGGGGGCACAGCAGGCAAACAGUAGGGUGCCAGCGUGAAGGCCGGCUGGUGUGUUUUUGGAUAUUUCUACACUUCCUUUAGAUAGAUAGAUAGAUAGAUAGAUGGCUUUGGCCACAGUGGAGCGCUUAUCUUCAAAUAUUGUCAUUUUUACAUUAUGAUGUGCUAUGAUGCUCUACCACUUCAGCAAUUCCGACCCGAAUUCUUUUAGUUA